GGGGCGCGGCCAGGGCCGGAACAUGGCGGCGCCCUCGGCCCCGCGGCCGCCCCGGCCCCGCAAGGAGCCGCAGCCGCUCGUCAUCCCCAGGAGCGCGGCCGAGGAGCAGCGCCUCCGCCUCGAGCGCCUCAUGAGGAACCCGGAAAAGACUGUACCAAUUCCUGAAAAACUGAAUGAAUGGGCACCACGACCUCCCCCGGAGUUCGUUAGAGAUGUCAUGGGUUCCAGUGCUGGGGCUGGGAGCGGGGAGUUCCACGUGUACCGGCACCUCCGUCGGCGAGAGUACCAGAGGCAGGAUUUCAUGGAUGCCAUGGCUGAGAAGCAAAGACUAGAUGAGGAAUUCCAGAAGAAACUGGAGAGGAAUAAGAUGAUUGCAGAAGAGCAAACAGCAAAACGCAGAAGGAAGCGCCAGAAGUUAAAAGAGAAGAAACUGCAAGCUAAGAAAAAUAAACUUGAACAAAAGAAGCAGGAAAAAGAACCCGGGCAAUCCCAAGAGCAAGGCAGCAGCGAGGAUGAUGAAGAGGAUAGCAAGGAGGAGGAAGAGAAGGAAGAUGAUGCUGAAGAGCCAAGCUUUGUGAUGGGAAGAGGAUGAGGCCUUCCAGGGACAGCUGGAAACACUGUUCAUUGCUUUAUAUUCAGGAGCAUGAAAGUCUUUCAUCUCAGCCAAGCAGAACCCAUUGGCGUACGUUACAUCUGCUUAACGGGGCAUGGCCUUCACGUCACAGGCCUGAGAGAAAACGAUAGAGAAAUGCCAAAUAAGAGAUUUUUUUCUUAAUUGCUUGUAUAACUGCUGUGCAGUCUGCUCUAAGUUUGCUCUAAAGAGUCAGCCAUAAGUCUCUAUGACCCUAGAGUUCUUUCUAAAAUGGCCCAGAGUGUUUUUCUGUCUGAAAGCUAAAACAUAACUAUUACCAUUUAAGGGAAAUAUUACUGUGAAGGCUACGUAUUCUACUUAUCUUGAAGCUGGUAGCAGUGGGAUACAUGAAUCUAGGGGAAGAGUUUAACCUGAAGUAGAAAAGUGGUCUGUAGCCAGACUCUCCUGCACUGUGAGUGUUCUGCAUUUGGGGUUUUGUAUGGGGUCAUCUCUAACCCAAAGAAAAUCAGUUUAUGUUGCUAGACAAGUUCUAUAGAUUUUUAAUCUGGAUCCCUUUUUUAAUGCUAAAACUUUCCCUAUUGCUUUUCUUCCAUGUUUUCUAAAUUAAUAAAAGGGAUGUGUUGGA